CACAUGCGCAACAACCGUCGAACUCGUCAACGUUAAUCUUUGUCCAACAAAAGUUCAUUCCAAUUUAUUCCAAUCUCGACAUCUUCAAUGCAUACAGUUCUUAAAUCAAGAAUAAGCAACGGACAAUAGUAAAUUCCUGAAAAAGUUGACAGACUGUAAUUGACGUCAGCAUAAUUAUUUGAAGAUAUUCUGUUAAAACGGCGUGAUAUUAAGUUUCUAUUGUAAAUAUGAUGAGCCUACGGGAUAAGCAAAUAAAUGCUUUAAAACAAAUGUUAAAUUUAAAUGAGCCUGACUCAAGGGUAGAUAUUGCAGUACCAACAUGGAAAAUCCUGAUUUACGAUCGUGUAGGACAGGAUAUCAUUUCACCACUAAUAUCUAUAAAAGAGCUACGUGAGCUUGGAAUAACAUUACACAUGCAGUUACAUUCUGACAGAGAUUCUAUUCCUGAAGUACCAGCAAUAUAUUUUUGUGCACCAACAGAUGAGAAUCUGGGACGCAUUGGUCAAGAUUUACAAAAUGGAUUGUAUGACAUUUACCACCUUAAUUUUAUAUCUCCAAUAUCUAGACAAAAAAUGGAAGAUCUAGCAUCUGCAGCCUUAUUAGCCGGAGCUGUUGCUAACAUUCAUAAAGUGUUUGAUCAAUAUCUCAACUUUAUAACAUUGGAAGAUGAUCUCUUUAUUCUAAGACAUCAAAACAGCGAUGUUAUAUCGUAUCAUGCUAUUAAUCGGGGUGAAAUCAAGGACACAGAAAUGGAAUCUAUAAUGGAUGUCAUAGUUGAUAGUCUCUUCUCCGUAUUCGUCACACUUGGUACCGUUCCAAUUAUUCGGUGCCCAAGAGGAAACGCUGCUGAGAUGGUCGCUAAGAAACUUGAUAAGAAGCUGAGAGAAAAUGUAUGGGAUGCGAGAAAUAAUUUAUUUCAAGGGGAAAUUGCUGGUACAGGCCACUUCAGUUUUCAGAGACCACUGUUAAUAGUACUUGAUCGCAGUAUAGACAUGGCUACGCCUCUUCACCAUACAUGGACAUAUCAAGCGCUCGCUCAUGAUGUACUUGAAUUAGCUUUAAACAGACUUGUCGUCGAAGAGAGUGCGGGAAGAUCACCUGCUGGUGGUGCACGUUCAAAGACACGAGCUUGUGAGCUGGAUAAUAGGGAUCGUUUUUGGUCUCAGCAUAAAGGUAGUCCUUUUCCUCUAGUAGCUGAGGCAAUACAAGAAGAACUAGAACAGUAUCGUUCUUCUGAGGAAGAAGUGAAGAAGUUGAAAUCGACAAUGGGUAUCGAUAAUGAUAACGAUGCGGCAUUUUCUAUGGUAUCCAAUAAUACAGCUCGUCUUACCAGUGCUGUCAAUUCCUUACCACAAUUGCUGGAAAUGAAACGUCUGAUCGACAUGCAUACUACUAUAGCUACAGGUAUUCUUAAUUCCAUCAAAUCUCGACGUCUUGAUACUUUUUUUGAAAUAGAAGAGAAAAUAAUGAGUAAACAAACAUUGGACAGAAGCAUUUUGGAAAUUAUUAACGAUCCAGAGUGCGGUACGCCUGAGGAUAAAUUGCGUCUUUUUGUAAUCUAUUAUCUUUGUUCAAAUAUGUCAGAUGCCGAGUAUAAUAAGCACGAAGCAGCCUUGGCCAAUGCUGGUUGUGAUUUAAAUCCUUUAACGUACAUCAAAAGAUGGAGAGGCUACACGAGAAUAGCUGGAAUACAAAAUAAUUAUGAAGGUGGCGGUACAAAAACAGUCAGUAUGUUUUCGAAGCUCAUGAACCAAGGUUCCUCUUUCGUUAUGGAAGGUGUCAAGAAUCUUGUUGUUAAACGACAUAAUCUUCCCGUUACGAAGAUCGUCGAUGAAUUGAUCGAAAUGAGACAGUCAUCUCAAACCGACGAUUAUCAUUAUUUGGAUCCCAAGCAAUUAAAACAAAUUGACCAAGUUCCUAAAAAUAGAACCACAUUCCAAGAAGUAAUUGUGUUCAUUGUGGGCGGUGGCAACUAUAUCGAGUAUCAGAAUUUAGUAGAUUACGCAAAGCAAAAAGCCGGUGGUGGUGCCAACAGAAGAGUAGUAUACGGAUCAUCGACUCUUAUCAAUGCAAGACAAUUUCUUAAACAAUUGUCACUCUUGGGACAAGAGACACAUUAAAAGAAAAUAAGGAAUUAUUGUAAUAAUCAAUACCAUAGAAAUAUGAAUUGUUGUAUAUAUACUUAGUAAUUCCUGAUAUCCCCAUAUUAUUUUUACUUAAAAAACCUGAAUUGUCAACCUAUCCCCUAAGAAGAAUUUGUUGUUUGCAGUAGAUACAAAAACAUAUUGCUAGAGUUACUCCUUACCAGAGUAUACAACUCAAACUUGAUACUGAAGAUUUAAUGAGACAAAAUAUUUAAAAAUCACAGCAAACAGUGCCGAUAAACUUUAUUCUGCAGACGCGAUUUUAUUAUGCUAAUUGAUAUUAUAUCCUGGACAGUAAAUAUUUGCUAUGUGCCGGUUAUUAAAAUGUAAAGAAAAGCAAAUCAAAUCGAGUUGGUGAAGCGUUGUAAGCUUAAAAAAAUAUAUAUUUUAUUUAUUAUACUA